UAUGGUUUGAAAAUGAAACAUAUCAAAAUGGCCCCCACAUGCUUUAAUUUUUCCGUGUGCGGCCCUCAGUGGAAAAAGUUUGGACACCCCUGGUUUAGCCGCAGCCAAUCACAAGUCCCGUGCUGUGACGUCACCAGAAGCUCGAGCCCGCGCAUGCAAAUCACGUCCACGCUCGAGCCUCUCCAUUGGCCGCCCGGGCUCAUUUAGCCGCUGUCAGUGUGCGCGGCCCCGGGCACGCUCCACUAACUUUGACCCGCACAGCUCGCAGCAAAGUGGGCUCCAAACCAAAAAAAAAAAAAAAAAGGGGGUCUAUUCUUCUCGGCGGAUGACAGCGAAAAGGACAAAAAGGGGGAAGUGAGGAAGAAGUUGUCAUUAUUUUCCCGGCACUAUUCAAUGAUUGUGUGGGUCUAAGCGGCUCUUCCGAGACAAUAAGGUGAAUGUACAGCAUCAUGAUGGAGACCGACCUGCACUCCCCGGUGGGGCCGCAGACCAACGCGUCCAACCCGGGGGGGAGCGGCAAAGUCCCCCAGGAGCGAAUCAAGAGACCCAUGAACGCCUUCAUGGUGUGGUCCCGGGGCCAGCGGCGGAAGAUGGCCCAGGAGAACCCGAAGAUGCACAACUCGGAGAUCAGCAAGCGGCUGGGGGCGGAGUGGAAGGUGAUGACCGAGGCGGAGAAGCGACCCUUCAUCGACGAGGCCAAGCGGCUCCGGGCCAUGCACAUGAAGGAGCACCCGGACUACAAGUACCGCCCGCGGAGGAAGACCAAGACCCUGCUGAAGAAGGACAAGUACUCGCUGGCCGGCGGACUCCUGGGCCAUGCGGCGGGUGUGGGGAUGGGCGGCGGGCAGCGGCUGGAGAGUCCCGGCGGCGGCGGCGGCGGAGGCGGGCACCUGGGCUACGCCGCGCACGUCAACGGCUGGCCGAGCAGCGCCUACCCGGGCCAGGUGGCGGCUGCGGCGGCCGCGGCCCACGCCAUGAUGCAGGAGGCGGCGUACACGCAGCAGCACCCGGGCACCGGGACUCACCCGCACCACCACAACCCGCACAGGUACGACAUGAGCGCCUUGUGUUACAGCCCCAUCUCGAACUCCCAGAGCUACAUGAGCGCCUCACCGCCGGGCUACGGGGGCAUCACCGGCUACACGCACCAGCACCAGGGCGCCGGCGUGUCCCCCGUGUCGGGGGCGCACGGAGGUACCCUGGGCCCGCUGGUGAAGUCCGAGCCGAGCGCCAGCCCCCCGGUGUCCGCGGGGCGCCCCACCUGCCCCUCGGGGGACCUCCGGGACAUGAUCAGCAUGUACUUGCCCACGGGCGAGGUGGCGGGAGACUCCUCCGUGCACGGCCGCCUGCACGUCUUGCACCCGCAGCACUACCAGGGCAGCAGCACGGCGGUGAACGGGACGGUUCCUCUGACGCACAUAUAAAAAUCAUCAUCAGCAAAAAAAAAUAAAAAAAUAAAGGCACUAAACCGCAACCAAAUACUUUUGGGCCGCUGCUGCGCUCAUGUAAAUGAAGGCUUUUAGAGCCGUAAAAAUGCAAUCACCUGAACAAACUUUUUUUUUCCCCCUCCUUCUCACGCGGAUUUCUUUCAACUCGCUCCAAGUUUUCACACCAUUUAAAUGAUAAUCCUGCAAGUUUGUGUGGAAUUGAAGGCGUGGAAAAUGUGUUUUUAAAACUACUUUACUGCAGGCAGACAAUUUCAACUGAUUCCCAGUUUUAAUCGUAAAAACAGUCGGUCGGUGUGAUUUUUUUUCAUUUUUGUUUUUGUUUUGUUUUUGUUGUAAGUCUUGUAAAUUGUGAAUAAAUAUUGCCACUGGAAACGCUUUAUGCAAUUGUACAAAUGCAUUAUUAGUUUUUUUCCCCCCCUUAUUAUUUAUUUUUGCCAUUUAAUUUAAAGUGAUCUGAAAAAUGACAGCAAACAAAACAUGUAUCAAUUUGCUUCUUUCAUCCUUGUUGUAUGCUUCAGCUCAUUAUUUCUCAUGUCUAUGCUGUAAACAUUUUCCUGGUAAAUUCACAGUAAAAUACUGGCUAAUAACUGCAUUAUAUUUACAGUCAUUUCCUGUGAAGUUAAAUGCUGUGGAAAAUAUAUUGUAAUGUUUACAGUCAUUUGUUGUAAGGUUACAGUACAUUUUGAUUCCAGUAUUUCACUGUGAAAUAAUACUGGUAAAUGCUUUGAAAUCCUGGUAAAAAAAAAAAUUUACAGUGCAGUUUGAAUAUGAAUUGUUUUGUUUUUUUAAUGAGUGCACUCUAUUUUAAGAUUGUUUUUAAUAUCUGUGCAAGGAUUCCAUGAUCAUAAUUGUGAGACGAAAAAAAAAGAAAAUCAUUGAUCACAUAUUUGCCAAUAUUAUUUUCCUUUAUUGUUGAUUCAAUAUACAAACAGGACUACUUUAUCUAAUUCAUUAUUUGGUGUUUGAAAUCCCAUUGUAAUAUUUUUUUUCUGUGUUAUGCAGAAUAACAUGUUGAAGGUUAAACUGCAUUCCCAUAAAGUUUUGCUGUAACCCACGCCUAUUUUUUCUUUUUGCUAAAUUAUAUAUUUUUCUCCAAAGCUUGAAUAAUUGCAGUGUCACUGGCUCUAUGGGCCUCUUUCAUUUUUCAAUUCACAUGCGAAAGGGACAAGCGGUAGAAAAAUGGACGGAUGGAUGUUAAAAACUGCAAAACCAUGUUUAUUUACCACCCACCAGGGCCAUGGCCUCAGUAAAUCAAAUCCGGCAACAACGACAACGGUAUCUGCUAGACCUCCUCAAUUGGGUCCACUUAGAGCCUGCACUUCCACUAUGGGGUCCUUGUGUUCAAUUGAGACAUUCUUUUAACUUGUAGUCCCAGGAUGGGGAGGCGGUGUGGGUUUGUAGGAUGAAUGAGCAGAGGAGGAUGAGGCCAAGGUGAGGAGGAGGGUUUUGUCUUGAGGAAA